UUCCAUCACUUUGCCUCUUGGGAAAAUGGAAAGAGGCAUUUCAAAAUGGCUUCCUUCAUAGGCUGAAGGAGGGGCUGCCGGUCGACAGAUACCUACAAUAACAAAACAGAAAAUAACGAAAGAAAACAGCUACUGGCUCUCAAGUUCCGUGCCAAGGGUAUCGACAUUAACAUUCGAUUUUGAUACCGUUUAUUCUAAGUAUUUUAACAUGACCACGCAUUUCAGAGCCGAGGGGAAAGAGGAACCAACCUAUCCAAGGUUGCCCAACUGCAGCGUUUUUUGUAAUGGGGCUGUGCGAGGAUUGUGAAUGAAAUGGAAAGAGCGGAAAAUGGAGCUGCCCUGUUGGCUUUGUCUGUCGAUGUCAACAAAAACGAACAGAAGAGCACAUCUUACAGCAGACUUACUGGGUGCAAAAGCGGCAAGCCGGCUUUAUUACUAAAUGAAAACAAAAAGCCAGCCUUCAAAGAAGAUACGAAUUCGGGGCUGUCAGGGAAAGGGUAUGUUUAUAUUGCCAGUGGGACGAAUGUAAACGAAGACAAGGCUGCGCUGGCUGGUAAGAAAAAGCUAGAUUGUGUUUCAGACUCAGAGUGUCUUCACAGCGUCGUUAAAGACAGCUGUGUCAUUACAGAGCGAUGCAGUGAUGGCACUGUAAACGGGUUUACUGAGUCAUCAGAACAGCUAAUGGUUGGAUCAGAGGCAGCGGGAGUGGGUUGUAAGGGGACCCCAUCCUGCUUUUCAAAUUGCACUGCUGACAAGCAAGUAAAGAAGAGAAACGGGAUGUUGAUCAACGCUGCUCCCGAUAGCGUUGAAUGCGGAAGGAAGGAUGAUGGCGUUUCUGAGAAACAGGACAAUGGUCUUUUAAAUCCCAAGAUUGGGGCAAAGUCUGUGCUUCCGCUUUCUGGGUCAUGUGAUGGCAAACACCAGCUGAACUGCACUGGUUCGGUCGGUCCCGCAAACAUGAAGCUAACCAACGGAGAUGUUGAUUGUGUAAAGGGUGACAUCUACCCGAGCUGCAACGAAGAUGUCUCUUCUUUUGGCUGCGACUCUUCAGUUUACAAACCUUCAGGUGCGCCUUUUGAGAAGGAAGUGAAACUGGUGAACGGUGGGUUGUUGAUUGUAAACAAAUGCGCGUUGCUAAAUGACAAGCUAGAAUUACGUAACAGCACGGCAAAGUGUAUUGGCGAGACUGCUGCUAUUUCAGAUAUGCAAAUAAAAAAGUUAAUAUUCGAACCUGCAUUAGAGGACGGUUUUAAUAAGGGCUUCUGUCCAGAAGAUGAUGACUUUGGUACUACUGGGGUUGCCCCCGCAGAGACUACAGCUGUUAGUGAGUGUUGUGACCUCAUUCCCAACAUCACAACCACAGUAUCUGGAACAUUAGACAUUGAAAAUAUGGGGCCUAAAGACGAAACAUUUCAGCCAAAUGAGUCCAACGUCAAGGAGGACGAGGAAAGUGAGCAGAGUAAUCCGAGUCAAUUAGAACUAAGGACUAACCAAAGCAGUAGACUGUCUGUCAGUUGCGAAGCCACUCCAGAUAGCCCAGGGGAUUCCGAAGUAAGCUUUGGUACCGAGGCGGUGGAUGACACUAAUGACGUCAGGUUCAUGGAUGUCAAUUUAAGUUCAAGGAACACCUUUGAAGUUAGCCGUCGCCAGAGCGCUCCUGAUCACGUGCCUGAUGGCUUGACUCUUGCUGCAGACCACUCCUCUCAUCAGGAACUGAAACCCAAAAAACUUGGGAUCACAGAUUUUUUUAGCAGGAGCUUGUUUUCCAGGAAGACCAAGGACCCCAAGCCUCCUUCCCAGAGUGCUCCUGGCUGGAAGUUGUUUGGAAAAGUUCCUUUGAGAGAGAACCCUCAGAAGGAUUCAAUGACUAUUCAGCAGGACAGUAACCCAGGCAGUCUUGCAUCAGUUUCUACACCAAAUCUCUUAAGCACAGUGGAAUAUGAGGCACGGACAGGGAAAACAGCUAAUCUCCCACCCCAGUCAGGUCGACGCAAAAACCUUGAAUUUGAACCCCUUUCAACCACAGCGCUCAUUCUAGAAGACCGACCUGCAAAUCUUCCUGCUAAAUCAGCUGAGGAAGCCCUGCGUCAUCGUCAUGAGUAUGAUUCGAUGGUGGCAGAGGCAAAAAAACGAGAAAUGAAAGACGCCCAUAAAAAGAAGAAAAUAAUGAAGGAACGGUAUAAACAGGAAGAAGUCAUUGCCAAUGCCAUGGUGAUCUGGAACAGUGAGAUACUUCCCAAUUGGGAAGCCAUGCGCAAUACGCGAAAAGUGCGCGAGUUCUGGUGGCAAGGCCUUCCGCCCAGUGUUCGUGGAAAAGUGUGGAGUUUGGCUGUUGGAAAUGAACUCAAUAUUACACAUGAGCUCUACGAGAUUUUCUUAUCCAGAGCUAAGGAAAGGUGGAAGAGCUUCAGUGAAACCGGUUCUGAGAAUGAGGCUGAAGAUUCAGGAGCAUCCGGUGCUGACAGAGAAUCAAGUCUAGAUUUGAUAAAGUUGGACAUAUCCCGCACAUUCCCCUCUCUCUUCAUAUUUCAAAAGGGCGGUCCAUACCAUGACCUUUUGCAUAGUGUGCUGGGAGCCUAUACUUGUUACAGACCUGAUGUUGGAUAUGUUCAAGGGAUGUCUUUCAUUGCUGCUGUGCUUAUCCUCAAUCUAGAAGAAGCUGAUGCUUUCAUUUUGUUUGCCAACCUUCUCAACAAGCCUUGUCAGAUGGCUUUUUUCAGAGUGGAUCAUGACUUGAUGCUAAAAUACUUUGCAGCAUUUGAAGUGUUCUUUGAAGAAAAUCUCCCAAGAUUGUUUGUUCACUUUAAGACCUACAACCUGACCCCAGACAUCUACCUGAUUGACUGGAUUUUUACACUAUAUAGCAAGUCCCUGCCUCUUGAUUUGGCAUGUCGAGUUUGGGAUGUCUUCUGUCGGGAUGGAGAGGAGUUUCUGUUUCGCACAGGUCUUGGGAUUCUUAAACUGUACGAGGAUAUCCUCCUUCAGAUGGACUUCAUUCACAUUGCUCAGUUUCUUACCAAGCUUCCCGAAGAUAUCACUUCUGAAAAGCUCUUCAACUGUAUUGCCUCAGUUCAGAUGCUAAGCAGUAAUAAAAAAUGGACGCAGGUAUUUACCACAUUAAUGAAGGAUAACAAGGAAGGAGACAAGAAUCACAGCCCAACAUUAAAAAGUUGAUUACAUUCUGGAGAAUUGUGUGUUUUUUUGUGCAACACUUUAACUGCAAAAGGAUGUUUCUCAAAAAUAUCCAGUGAAGACCACUACAUUCUUGAGGGGGGUGGAACGGGACGGGACAUUGACUGGUUGAGAUCCUAAGAAAAACAACACUCUUUCACUUUUUUGCUAAAUGGGUAUGAAGCAAUAUGUGACAUCAUUGCCAGUAUUACUGAAUAUAGCUGUGUACUUGGAGGGGGAGUCUUUAUUCGAAUGACUACAUAAAGAAGAUAUUGUGUUUUUAAGCAUUUAUAUGGCCAGACAGGCAGAAAUGAGAGAAUAUUUCCAACAUCCUUCACUGUGUGUUUUAAAUAAACUGACCGAAUGCAGCUUGUGAGAAGAUGAUUCGGGUUCUCCCUGUCAGUGCUUUUGUGUAGAUGUGAAAUAUCACUCAUAAAACCAUCCACCCAGGUUUAAGUUACCCACCAAACCAGCAGAUUUCUAAAAACAUUAUGUGGACCAAACAAUUAAAAUAUUCACAAACAUUUUUUUUUUAUUAUUGUUGUUUAGAUACUUAUUAUAAUAACAAAAAAUAUAUAUAUCAAAAAGCUUGAGAGGAAUUGUAAAAGGCAGAGGCUGGAAAAUCUUACAAAACUUAUGCUGCACUUAUUAUCUAAACCACAUUACAUGUAAUUAUAGAAACAUUCCUUAUGAUAAACUCUGUUUAAGAAAUAGAAACAUAAAGCUUCUGAUGGUGUUUGAAUUGUGAUUGCCAGGUACUAGGAAAUGUUUAUUCUGUUUAAAGUGGUGUACUUAAUCAGAUUACCCUGGAUAGAGUUCGUCUGGAUUGACAGAAACUAUAGCAAAAAAAAAAAAACACAACUAAACAAAGGUCUUUAUCUUCUCUCAGCCCAUGAAGCCUUGUAAUGUGACUUUUUUUCUGGCCAAUACUGCACACAUGGAAUUAUUCUAAAGAAACACUGCACCUUCUUAUCAAGUGCAAUAGAGAACACAAAAUGGCACAUGGCAUUUAAAUGUUUUACAGGGCUAUGCAGGUUUCUUUGGUUUUUUUUUUUUUUUUUGGAGGGGGGGGGUCCAUCUAGAUAGCAAAAAAAGCUGAUGUAAACUAUGUGGUUGCAAGCUUUAGUGAUGUCUGCAAAUAUAACAGUACAGCUUUGAUAGUUAGAAAGCAGUAACUAAUUGGUGUUUCUUUCUAUUUUUAUGCAUAGCGUGGUUAAUAAAAAGGCCGACUCCUAUUUUCAUUGCAGUCCUUGUUUGUAGGAAAACAUGAGUACACUCACUUAUAGCAACAUUUCCUGUAUUUUACUUAACCAGUUGUGUUUUUUUUUUCUUAUGUUGUUGCAACAGUUUGUAAUUCUGUAUUAUUAAUAGUAUGUUUUAUUUGACCCCACGUAAUUGAUUUAUGUUGGGAUGUUAUGUUGCUUUUGUGUUUAGAUUGUAUUUUGAUUUUAAUUUAUAUAUUCAGUAGUUCAAUGCAAUUUUGUUCUUUUUUUCUACUCCUGCUCUCUGUUGUACAGUUUUUCAUACUUACCAUGGAGGUACUGUAUAUAAAAUUGAUUGUAAAUAGAUGGGAUCUCUCUCCCUGUUACAGACCACUAGUUACAACUCCCCUGUGUAAAUAAAUGUCGGAAGCAGA